AUGUGGCUGGACCGCUUAACCGCUGGUGCUGCAACACCCAGUGCCUCUCGUGAAUCGCUCGUCUCGACGAGGCCAUAUUCACCCUCUCCUCGCAAGAAUUCACAGCUUGCUUCGACCCAGCGAACGCUCUCAGGGCUGGGUUUGUCUGCAACUAGAUCCUCAGCCUCCCUUGACCUUAGUGCGAACACAUCUACCACAUCUCUCACAACCCCGGCGAGACAACCCAAUGGAUCCUCCCUCAGAUUCGAGCAGCGGCCCUCACCCAACGUCGCAGAUCCCGUGAAAGUGAUAAAGAGUAUACUGGGAGACUCAAAGCAUGGAACAGCGGCGGAUUAUGGGUCUAGGAAGCAAGACAGGGAGACGAGCAAAGACAUUGACUUUGGGGGCCUCAGCCUUGAAGAGUUUGUUGCCCAAGAGACACCACUGCGCCCUGCUCGCGACGGCUCGACCGUGGAGAUCUCAGCGAAAGAGAACAGGCUAAAAUUUGAAGAAUUUCACAAAUCGAUUACGGAAUGCGAUCAAAUACUUACCAACGUUGAAUCUUACCUGACCAAUUUUAAGGCAGAGCUUGGUCAGGUCUCUGCGGAAAUUGAGAAUCUACAGGCUCGCUCUGUUCAGCUCAACGCCAAACUUGACAAUCGUCGCAAUGUUGAGAAGCGCCUGGGGCCGGCGGUGGAAGAAAUCAGCCUUUCUCCGUUCACAGUAAAGUCCAUUGCAGAGGGUCCAAUGGACGAGACCUUUGUCAAGGCUUUGAAGGAAGUGGAGGCAAGGUCAUUCAUAAUAGAAGCCAAAGAGGACAAGGCGGAGCAGGUCAAGGCGUUGCAAGACCUGAAGCCCCUGCUCGAAGACCUCAAGGCUAAAGCUAUCGAGCGAGUACGUGACUACAUUGUGGCUCAGAUCAAGGCCCUUCGCUCUCCCAACAUCAACGCUCAAGUAAUCCAGCAGCAGACUUUCUUGAGAUAUAAAGACCUUUACGCUUUUCUGGCUCGAAACCACCCUGUUUUAGCCGAGGAAAUUGGGCAAGCAUAUGUCAACACGAUGCGGUGGUACUAUAGCAGUCACUUUUCUCGAUACCAGCAAGCUCUUGAUGCUCUUCAGAUCCACGCCUUUGAUCAAUAUGACCUUCUCGGCUCAGAACCGGCCCCGGCAAGGCGAAAUGUCCUGGGGGCAUCCAAAGCUGCUCCUCCGCCGCAUGAUGCCUUCAGCCUGGGAAGAAGAGAAGACCUUGUCAAAUCCAAGAACGACACAGCCUUGCCUGCUUACCUGGCGGAGGAGAGCAAGUCGGCUCACUACUUGGAAGUGCCCUUCCGGAAUUUCAACCAGGCACUCAUCGACAACGUCUCCGCCGAGUACUCGGUGAUGACUGAGCUGUUCUCUACCAGCACGUAUCAUCAGAUCUCGCGUCGGGUGGUUGAGAUUUUCGAGCCGACGUUCACAUUGGGUCAUAAUUUGACCAAGUCUCUUGUUGAGAACACGAACGAUUGCUUGGGCGUCUUGCUCUGCGUCCGUCUCAACCAGCAUUUCGCAUUUGAGCUGCAGCGGCGCAAGGUGCCAGUGGCAGACUCUUACAUCAACUACACAAACAUUCUCCUGUGGCCGCGCUUCCAAAUGGCCAUGGACGCGCAUUGCGAAUCCCUGAGAAAAGUCCCGGCCCCAUCGACCAGCAGUCGAGGCGCUGCAGCUGCAUUCUCCCUCGUUGGUGGAGGCUCAUCCGAUGCAUCGAGAGCCUCGGUCGCACCCCACGCCAUUACACAGCGCUUCGGCCAGUUCUUGCAGGGAAUCCUAUCACUCAGCGCAGAGGCCGGCGAUGACGAGCCCGUCUCGAACAGCCUUGCGCGGCUCAGGUCCGAGUAUGAAUCUUUGAUGGGCAAACUCGCCAAAGGGGCCGGCGACGCGAGUAAAAGGGCCAAGUUCUUGUACAACAACUACAGUCUGGUGUUGACCAUUAUCAGCGACACGAGAGGCAAGCUGGCCGAGGAACAAAAGGAGCAUUAUGGCGGCCUGAUCCGGGACUUGAAGAAGUAA